UUGCUGUCUUACAGAAUGGAUUGUCACGGAGAUGAUGGAGAUCUGUGCUGGGCGACAUCUAUGCUGAUGAACAGCAAGAGUGACCUGAAGGCGAGGGUGCAGCAGUUCGUGGAGGAGAGGAUGCAGACCACUAUGCUUACAGGUGUACUGAUUGGAGCGGCGGUCGCAGUCUCUUUAAUUGGGAUUGUGGUUCUGUUUCUCUACAGGAGAUUUAAACUUGCUCGUGAACAGCCGCCCGGGGUGCCUCAUUAUCGCUUCCGAAAACGGGAUAAAGUGCUCUUCUAUGGAAGGAAGAUAAUGCGAAAGGUCCAAACGCUGUCUUCAACCCCUCCUUCCUCCUCUACCUCAGUGUCAAAACAGCCACAGCGCAUACGCAAAAGAACCAAAGUUUUAAGCAUAGCUCGCAAAAUCCUUAGGAUCCGAAAAGACCCUCCCACCCUGCAGCCUAAGGAGCCACCUCCCUCUUUGCUGGAGGCUGACCUCACAGAGUUUGAUGUUCAGAGUUCAAACUUGCCUUCAGAAGUUCUUUAUAUGUUAAAAAAUGUCAGGGUUUUGGGUCAUUUUGAGAAGCCUCUGUUUCUGGAGCUGUGUCGUCACAUGGUGUUUAUUGAGCUGCAGGAGGGCGAAGGUCUGUUCAAGCCAGGAGAUGAUGAUGACAGUAUCUAUGUCGUCCAGGAUGGCCGACUUGAGCUCUGCAUCCAAGAGAAUGAUGGCACAGAGCCAGUGGUGAAAGAUGUUCUCCCAGGCGACAGCGUUCACAGCCUGCUCAGUAUACUGGACAUAAUCACUGGAUACCCGGCCCCAUAUAAGACCGUCUUGGCGCGGGCUGCAACCCGCUCCACCAUUUUGCGUUUACCAGCUUCAGCCUUUGAGUCAGUCUUUAAAAAAUACCCCGAGACCCUUGUGCGCGUCAUUCAGAUCAUCAUGGUGCGCCUCCAGAGAGUGACCUUUUUGGCAUUGCAUAACUAUCUGGGUCUCACAACUGAGCUCUUCAAUCCGGAGAGUCAGGCUGUGCCUUUGUCCAAUAUAAACAAUGUGAUGGUUGACACAAAUUCUGGAAAGAUGACCCGUCGUCUGCACUUCCAGGAUGAGUUGUCUCCAGGGGGUGCUGAGAGUUCUGCAGAUUCAGAUGGCGUCAGGGACAGUCCUUCCAGCAGUUACAGGAAGCUGCGAUCUAUUUCGAUGCCCACUGAUUGCACAGGAAAUGACCUGAACAUGGCUUGUGAAAGAGCUCGAGUCACUAUAGAGGAAGCUCCAUCCAGUCCUGUCCCUUACAAAUCCAGCCUGAAGAAGAAUGUCACGAUGCAGCAAACACCGUCUGAAGUGUUUCACUAUACCGACAGUGGAGGGCAGUCUGAUUCUGUCCAGCUCAGUAAGAGCAAUGCAAUUUUCCAAGCUGCCAAAAGGGACCUACUUGGAGUCAUACAGCUGCAGGACCCAAAUCUUCUUGAGGGAAGAGUGACCCUUCACCAUGUUAAAGCUGGUUCUUUUGUUGCCCGUCAAGGUGACCAGGAGGUGAGCAUCCAGUUUGUGAUUUCAGGUCUCCUUCAUGUAUACCAGCGAAUGAUUGACCGGGAAGAAGACACCCGUCUGUUUCUGACCCAUCCUGGUGAGCUGGUCGGUCAACUUGCCGUCUUGACCGGAGAGCCUCUCAUUUUCACUGUUCGUGCUCAGCGCGACUGCAGCUUUCUCUCCAUCUCCAAAACCCACUUCUAUGAGAUAAUGCGGGUGGAGCCGCAAGUAGUCCUGAACGUUGCUCAUACAGUGUCAAGGAGGAUGUCAUCAUUUGUCAGGCAGAUAGACUUUGCUCUUGACUGGAUGGCUGUGGAAGCUGGAAGGGCCGUUUACAGGCAGAGGGAGAAAUCUGACAGUACUUUCAUAGUGCUGAGUGGGCGGCUCCGUUCUGUGAUCAUGAAGGAGGAUGGCAAGAAAGAGCUGAUUGGAGAGUAUGGACGUGGUGACCUGAUUGGAGUGGUAGAGGCCCUGACCCAUCAGAACAGAGCCACCACUGUGCAUGCUGUUCGCGAUUCUGAACUGGCCAAGUUACCAGAAGGCGCUCUCAGCUCCAUCAAAAGGAAAUUUCCUCAGGUUGUCACGAGGUUGAUCCAUUUACUUGGUCAGAAGAUUCUCCAGCAGGUCAACGGUCCUCUGACAGCUCGCAGUUUGGCACUCCACACUCCAGGAAGUCAGUGGGAUGCAGGGAUUCAAGCUUCUAACCUCUCCACGGUGGCGGUCCUGCCUGUAUCAGAGGAGGUGCCUCUGACUGCCUUUACUCUGGAGUUGCAGCAUGCACUCCUUGCAAUUGGACCAACACUUCUUCUAACCAGUGAUGUUAUCAAGCAGAGACUUGGAGCUGCAGCACUGGACAGCGUACAUGAGUACAGACUGUCCAGCUGGUUGGGCCAACAGGAAGACAUCCAUCGCAUAGUUCUUUACCAAACCGACUACACCCUGACCCCGUGGACGCAGCGGUGCAUCCGUCAGGCUGAUAGCAUCAUUAUCGUGGGACUCGGGGAACAGGACCCUGCUGUUGGUGAGCUGGAGCGCAUGCUGGAGGGAAGUGCGGUGCGUGCCCAGAAGCAGCUGGUGCUGCUGCACAGAGAAGACGGCCCUCCGCCCCAAGGAACCGUUGACUGGCUCAAUAUGCGAAGCUGGAUCUCCAGACACCUCCACCUCUCCUGUCCGCGAAGGGUCUUCUCUAAAAGGAGCCUGCCUAAACUGCUGGAAUUGUAUCAGCGCGUGUUCGAGAAGGCAGCGGACCGUCACUCGGACUUCUCCCGCCUGGCCCGCAUUCUUACAGGCAACGCCAUUGCUCUCAUCCUUGGAGGGGGAGGGGCCAGGGGUUGCUCUCAGGUGGGCAUCGUGAAGGCGCUUUGUGAGUCUGGCAUCCCAGUGGACUUAAUAGGUGGGACUUCAAUUGGCUCCCUGAUGGCGGCACUGUAUGCUGAGGAUCGUAGCCACAGCCGCAUGAGGAUGAGGGCCAGAGAGUGGGCAAUGGAGAUGACUUCGGUUUUUAAGAAAAUUCUGGAUCUGACAUAUCCGGUGACUUCCAUGUUUUCUGGUGCUGCUUUCAACUCCGGCCUCAGCAAUAUCUUCAAAAGCAAACAGAUUGAGGACCUAUGGAUCUCAUACUUCAAUAUCACCACAGACAUCACUGCGUCAGCCAUGAGGGUCCAUACUGACGGUUCUCUCUGGCGUUACGUCCGUGCUAGCAUGUCUCUGUCGGGAUACCUGCCUCCUCUCUGUGACCCCAAAGAUGGUCACCUGCUGAUGGAUGGAGGCUACAUCAACAAUCUGCCCGCUGAUGUGGCGCGCUCCAUGGGGGCCAAGGUGGUGAUAGCUAUUGACGUGGGCAGUCGGGAUGAAACCAAUCUCACUAAUUACGGCGACUCGCUCUCAGGCUGGUGGCUGCUAUGGAGACGCUUCAACCCACUUGCUGAGAAAGUGAAGGUGUUGAACAUGGCGGAGAUUCAGACUCGUCUGGCCUACGUUUGCUGCGUGCGGCAGCUGGAGUCUGUUAAGAACAGCGACUACUGCGAGUAUAUCAGACCUCCAAUUGACAGAUACCGAACUCUGGAGUUUGGCAAGUUUGACGAAAUUGCUGAAGUGGGAUACCAGCAUGGCAAGACUGUGUUCGACGUGUGGAGUCGCAGUGGCGUGAUCGAGAAAAUGUUGAAAGACAGACAUCAAGAGGAGUUCCACAACACUCAAACCAAGAACAAUGUGGUGACAUGUCCCAAUGCCUCCUUCACUGACCUGGCGGAGAUCGUGUCCCGCAUCGAGCCUGUCAAACCUGCCCUGGUGGACGAGGAGUCAGACUACCACACUGACUAUGAAGAGGAUGCAUUGGAGAGUGCUCUCUCUGACAUGGAGAUGUACAGUCACUACGGCGAGCACACGGAGGGGGAGGAGACUGCUGACACGGAUGAAGAGCUGGAGGGCAGAAAUGUCCGCUACGUGAAGUCCUUUGCUCACAGUCAGCCUCCAGCUGUCCACAACAGUUCAUUGGAGGAGCUGACAAACCAGCAAGUCCAUUCCAAACAGUCCAUUAACUAAGAGCUGGUCUAAUGAUCUCUGCCUUAACAGGUCAUCACCAUUUAACUUGCCUUCAUUUGCCACAUUUGGCCUCCAUUCUGCCCCGAUGACUCCACCCGUGAAGCCGCUCUCAGGUGCAAUUACUUCUGUGACUUGGCCUUGUUAGCUGUGUGCUGACAUAAAAUGAACUGUCCCUUAAACUGAAUAUGAGCAUCUAGAAUUGAUCUAGCACACAUGUAUUCAUAGUUUAUGGAGCUGCUACAAGCCUGUUCAUUUCUCACAUUGAGAGUUGCGAUUACCUCUUAAAACUCCACUUUAAACACACCUGUCCAGUCUGGAAUGAAUGGUAGGGCUGGUGAAGAAACUAUUUCCAUGAUAUGCUGAUCACGAGGAACCAAGUGAAAACACCUAAUCUGUGUUAAUUUCCCUGAACGUUGGUAAAAUUUUUAGGCUAUUAAAGCAUCAUUUAAUCUAAAUUACUGGAUAAAUAUGUUUCAUUCCUGAUGAUUAAGAUGAUGUGGUGUGUUUUCUUUUUUUUUUCACCCCAUAUGCUAGGAUACAGUUUGUAAAAUCAUUUCAGAAUAUUGAAGAUACUUUGAAUGAAAGUUGCUUUUUUUGGUGGUUGUUUUUUUUGUGGGUCUAAAGUCAUUCGGACUUAAUUAUCGAAAGAAAGUGUGUCCAAUGCAAGCUGUUGACAGUAAAGUCUGAGAGGGAUGUCACUCAGGGUUUUGAGUAUUAGCAAGACUAAAAAUACCUGAUGGCUGGCAAAAUUGGAUAAAUCACAUGUAAUUUUUUUAGGAUGAUCUGAUAUCAAUAAUUUGACGUAAAUAAUUCAUAUAAUCUGUUAGACCUGCAUUUAAAAAAACACUAAACCAAGGCUACAUUUAGAUUGUUCACAGUUCAGUCUUGAUUCAGUACACCCAUCACCGCCUCUGCUUCUGUAAUCAUUCAUCCUCUCAUAAUGGACUCAAAUAUGCUUAAUCAUUCAGAAUAGCAUUUUGGUAUUCGUUUCAUGGGGCUCAAAUUAUUUCCAUUCUCAAAGGAGAAUUACAUUCCAAAAGUGAAAAGAAAAAGAUGUUUCCUACACUUGUGUAACAGUUCCUUCCAAACUGGCCUGCCAAACCGCACUCAUUUAAAAACAAAGAGCACGAAAUGAGCAGCACGGCCCACAGCCAUGGCUGUCAGCACAGUUUUGUUUUACCAGUGUGCCAGGGACAUGCAGGGAAUGAAUGAUUGCAGUCCACUUCAAAGCACUAGUUUCCCUCAUGUCCCCCUAAAAAAAAAAAAAAACAGUUUUCUGGCUUCAUUCUGAGACCCAAACCAAGCAGCAGACAAAAUGACUGAGCUCAUCUUAUCUGUGGAUAGCUGAUUCACAGAAAUGUGUUCAAAUGAAUGAAGGAACUUGUAUUCCUUUUGUCCUUUUCUAAGUACACUUUUCCUUAUGAUUUUGGAUUCAUUUGGAAACGUGACUGUAUGAGUGGCAUGCCAUAUGUAUAUAUGCUUUGUUUGACAUUUUCCCCCAUACUUUAGCCAGAAGUAAAAAAAAACAAACAACUUUUUAAGUAUGUACUCUUCAUGUCCAGUAGCCCCUGGCUGUUUUUAUGCACAAGUCACAGGAGCUAGACUAUCAUUCCACAAUGCAUUUUAAUGCACAAAUUACGAAAUCAUUAUUGUGCUUUAAUGGAUGAAUCCAUUAGGUUUUAUAGAUUUACCUUAAUCUUGGGCUAGAAUUGUAGUUUUUCAUUGUGAUUGUUGUAAGUACUAAUAAAAGCCUGUGUUAUAUUAAACAACCGAGAAGUGGAGAUAAAACCUUAGCAACAAGCUUGAAUUGUGCAGUUACAUAUUGAUUUUUGUCUGAUAAAGGUCAAAGACCCAAAGAUUAUCUGAUGACUUUGAUCACAAGGGAAUGCAACAAACAUACAUACUGGAUUUGUUAGACAAGUUCCAACUAAGCAAUAUCAAAAGAAUUGAGAAGUAGAUUAAGAUAUGGAGUCAUUUUUAACACGAUGAAAGCUCCUUUUUUCUUUCACACACACAUCGUAAUCCUAAUAUUACUGCAUCAAGCUUAAAUCAGCCAGUCAGAUCGAAUUAAAAAACCUUUGCAAUGCAACUUUUGUGAUAUUUAUUUCCUUUCCACUUGACAUAGCACUCUGUACCACUCGCUGUACGUGUCAUCAUAAACACUGGUGCUAAAGUGCCUGCAGCCUUAAGUGUGUGGACAGCAGGAAAAACCUGUGAUAAACACUAUGGGGGGGGGUCCCCAUAUGGUGUUGGUGAAAUGGAGCCCGGACAGAGAAAUAGUCAGCACAGUGCCGAUAAAAAAAGAAGAAAAAAAAAAAAAGCCAUUAACCACUGAGAUUAUGAAGCUCAUUUAUUUCUUUUUUGAAAUGUAAACCAAGCACAAUAAAUCAGUGUCAUCGUGCAGAAUGAAUGUUUCACUACUUUGUUAAAUGGGUCAUGGUAAUGAAUGAAGUGCUGCUUUAAUGGAUGGAGCUGUGCCAUGAGGUAUAUGUAACGUAGCCUUAGAUGACCCCUGCGGAAAAAUGACUUGUCCUCAGUUAACAGUCACUUGGAUGAUUAUACAAGAAUGUUUACCAGUAAGCCUAUAAGAUGUGAUGUUGUGUUUUUUAUCACUUGUUACUAAUAAACCUUUUUUUGUUGUUGUUGAGA